AUGUCAGGCAGGCGUCUGCUGGACACUGUCCAGUUCCUCAAUGUCUCCAAGACCAUCGCUCUUAAACAUCUAGGUAUUCGCCAACGCCAGCUCGAUGUCUAUACUCGCACUUCCUCCCUUACCAAGGGUAUCAAAGCCCAAACGGAUGGGUUGAUCUUGACCGCACAAGCCGCGGCCGCUUUGGCUCGUCGGUUCGACGACUCGCCACCGACUCCCUCUGCUCCUUCGCCGUCAUCGCCGAGCACCGCAUCCCCCGAAGCUUCGGCCAACUCCUCCCCCAACCCCCAUUCCUCCACUGCAACCUCAACCUCAAACUCAACCCCUGAGAAUGCCGAUGCAGCCACUCGAACCUUGAACUCGCAGCCUGAGGCUGAAGCUCAAUUUCAGAUUCCGGCUUCUGCCGCCCAAUACACCGGCACCGAAACUCAGACACAGACACCUAGUGGCCUGAACGUCAGCCAACAACAAGAUGUCUUUUACGAACCUUCGCGCCAGACCUCGUCUAAUUCCGAUUUAUCCGGACUCCCCCGAGUAAAGCUGCCCAAGGCGUCUGGCACGGUCCAAGUUCAAGCUAGUGUCGGCGAAGGGCUGAAUGCCGAUCUGUUUCAUUCCGCCGAGCGCCCGGAAAAGUCGGCAUCGGCGGAGGUGGAGUCACACCAGAAUGAGAUCCCGGAUGGAAUGGUCGAAGGUCUAUUCCAUAGUCCGAGAGUCUCACGUAUGCUAGCGGGCAAGCCGAAGCCGAAACGAGAUUGGAUUCCUGCGAAGCCUACUGCGAAACCUGCUGCACCAACCAAACCUGCAGAGGCCGAGAGCCAGAACCAGAGACUCGAGGCCCAUGAGAUCCCGGAAUUAUUGCAGGAAUUAGACGCUGCUGGAUAUCGCACUACUACCACCGAACCCGUCACCGUCGUCCCGGAUGCUGCGACACCCACCCCCGAAGGCCUGGGAGAGGCGAUCGGAGAAAAGGCCCAGGCCGUCCCUUAUCAGAUGAUGGAGUCUCGCGUGCCAUCCUCUCGAUUUGCUCGAAUGUGGCAGUAUGGCGGGCUAGCCACCUCAAUGGCAUUUGGCGCCGUCGGCGAGACCCUCCGCCGAGCAACAGGCAGCCAAGACAACGGUUCAUCAAUCAUGUUCAGUGCGGGGAACACAGAACGAAUGGUCGCCAAGCUAUCUAAAAUGCGCGGCGCAGCUCUCAAACUAGGCCAAAUGCUCAGUAUCCAAGACUCAAACAUGCUCCCCGAGCCCAUCCAGCAGGUCCUUCAACGCGUCCAAGACCGCGCAGACUACAUGCCCGCGUCCCAGCGUGACAAGGUAUUAGCUGAUAACUUGGGCCCGAACUGGCGAGACCUCUUCUCCUCUUUCAACGAGAUCCCCAUGGCCGCCGCAUCAAUCGGCCAAGUUCACUCCGCCGUCCUCAAAUCCACCGGUAAACCCGUCGCCGUGAAGGUCCAGUAUCCCGGCGUCGCCGACUCGAUUGACUCAGACCUGAACAAUCUCUCAAUCCUGCUGACAGCCUCCCGCCUCCUCCCCCGCGGUUUGUACCUGGACAAAACAAUCGCCAACGCCCGCACAGAACUCGCAUGGGAAUGCGAUUAUAUCCGCGAAGCUGAGGCCGCCACUCGCUUCCGCACUUUACUCGCCAAUGACCCCGUCUUCGUCGUUCCAGAGAUCUACCCCGAAGCCUCAGGCAAACAAGUCCUAACAAUGGAAAUGCUAGACGGCGUAGCCGUAACCAAAAUCCAAGAUUUCACCCAAAACCAACGAGACUGGAUAGGCACGCAACUAAUGCGCCUUUGUCUGCGUGAAAUUGCGGAAUUCCGCUACAUGCAAACGGAUCCCAAUUGGACGAAUUUCCUAUACAACACGUCCACAAAUCGACUCGAAUUACUCGACUUCGGCGCUAGUCGUGAAUACCCGGCCGAAUUCAUCAGUACGUACGUGCGCACGCUGAUCGCCGCGUCGAAAAAUGAUCGCGACUCUUGUAAGAAACUCAGUACUGAGAUGGGAUAUCUUACGGGUUAUGAGUCGGAGGUCAUGGCCGAUGCGCAUGUUUCUUCGUUGGUGAUUAUUGCGGAGCCGUUUAUGGAAACUUCUGAGGAUGUUUAUGAUUUUAGAGAUCAGACUAUUACUGAUCGGGUUAGGGCUUUGAUUCCUGUUAUGCUUAGGGAACGGCUAAGUCCGCCUCCUGAGGAGACUUAUAGUUUGCAUCGGAAGUUGAGUGGGGCUUUUUUGCUUUGUGCUAGACUUGGGAGUCGGGUUCCUUGUAAGGAGUUGUUUAGGGAGAUUGUUAGAAAGGCGGAGGUUGAUGGGGAUGGGAAGAGGUGA